UGUGGCAGAGAAAAGAGGUAGUGAGCUGGUCUUUCAGGAUGUGAGGGCCCACAGGAGCGGAGCUGGGCUCUCUCCGCCGCCUGCCUGCCGCCCUGCCAGCUCUGCCUGCGGCGCUGCCCACAGUCCCCAUGGUGGGUCCCCCCCGAGGCGGGGACCCGUGAACAGCAGAGGCAUGCCAGGGAAGCCCAAGCACCUGGGCGUCCCCAACGGACGCAUGGUUUUGGCUGUCUCCGAUGGAGAGCUGAGCAGCACCGUGGGACCCCAGGAGCAGAGCGAGGGCCGAGGCAGCUCCCUCAGCGUCCACAGCCUCCCCAGUGGCCCCAGCAGCCCCUUCCCCGCGGAGGAGCAGCCUGUGGCCAGCUGGGGCCUGUCCUUCGAGCGGCUGCUGCAGGACCCGCUGGGCCUGGCUUACUUCACUGAGUUCCUGAAGAAGGAGUUCAGUGCCGAGAACCUGACUUUCUGGAAGGCCUGCGAGCGCUUCCAGCAGAUCCCCGCCAGCGACACCCAGCAGCUGGCUCGGGAGGCCCGCAGCAUCUACCAGGAGUUCCUGUCCAGCCAGGCGCUGAGCCCCGUGAACAUCGACCGGCAGGCCUGGGUCGGUGAGGAGGUGCUGGCGGAGCCGCGGCCGGACAUGUUCCGGGCACAGCAGCUCCAGAUCUUCAACUUGAUGAAGUUCGACAGCUACGCGCGCUUCGUCAAGUCCCCCCUGUACCGCGAGUGCCUCCUGGCGGAGGCUCAGGGGCGCCCCCUGCGGGAACCUGAUUCCUUGCGCCUCGGCAGCCCCGACGCCACCAGGAAGAAGCCGAAGCUGAAGCCCGGGAACUCGCUGCCGCUGGGUGUGGAGGAGCUGGGGCAGCUGCCGCCGGCUGAGGGCGCUGCGGGCCGCCCGCUCCGCAAGUCCUUCCGCGGGGAACUGCCGGGCUCAGCAGCAAAUUCGGCCUCCCUCAACUCCUCCGCCAGUCUGGACCUGGGCUUCCUUGCCUUCCUUAACAGCAAAUAUGAGCACCAUCGGAAGAGCCUUGGGAGCUCAGAAGGUGAGAGUGAAAGCCGGACGGGGAAGUACUGCUGCGUGUACCUGCCUGAUGGCACCGCCUCUUUGGUCCUGGCCCGGCCUGGCCUCACCAUCCGGGCCAUGAUGGCAGGCAUCUGUGAGAAACGAGGCCUCUCCCUACCUGACAUCAAGGUCUACCUGGUGGGCAACGAGCAGAAGGCCCUGGUCCUGGAUCAGGACUGCACCGUGCUGGCGGACCAGGAAGUGAGGCUGGAAAACAGGAUCACCUUCCAGCUGGAGCUGGCGGCGCUGCAGCGCGUGGUGCUCAUCUCGGCCAAGCCCACCAAGCGGCUGCGGGAGGCGCUGCAGCCCAUCCUGGCGAAGCACGGCCUGAGCGCUCACCAGAUCGAGCUGCGCCGGCCAGGCGAGAAGCAGCCGCUGGACCUGGGGAAGCCAGUGAGCUCGGUGGCGGCCCAGAGGCUGGUGUUGGACACCCUCCCAGGUGUGAAGAUUUCUGAAACCGGCGACACCUGUCCCCGCCGAAGCCAGGUGAGCGAGAGGCGGAGGGCCUUCCCUUGCCCACCGCACCUCCCUCCUGGUUGUGGUUCUGACCUCACGUUCCCACAGCACACCCCGCCUGGAACACAGGACAAGGGCAUCCCCCUCCCUCCACUGUCGCUCAGCUCCCUGGCCGAGGCUCCCAGCAGUGUCUCUGGGAAGCGACAGACCUGUGACAUUGAAGGCCUGGUGGAGCUGCUGAACCGGGUACAGAGCAGCGGGGCCCAUGACCAGAGGGGCCUUCUGCGCAAAGAGGACCUGGUGCUUCCAGAAUUUCUGCAGCUGCCUGCUCACGGGCCCGACUCCCAGGAGGCCCCAGCACAGACUGAAUCAUCAGCCAAGCCCAAGAGGGGCCCCUGGGACUCUGCCCUCUGACAGCCGUCCGACAGGCCAGAUUGGCCGUGUGGCCCCCGGCGGGCCCAGCAUGCCACGUCCCGCUCUGCAUGCCGUGUCUGUGCUGUGAGUGUCCCUGGCCCUUCCUGCCACGGGCAGGCCCGGAGGAGGAGCCAGGAGGGUUUGGAGAGGGGCUCUGAGCAGCCACACAGCCACCACCCCUUGGUCCCUCACAGGCUUGCCCUCCAUCCCUGCAGCCAGGCCACUGCGGGGAGGUGGGGCUCCCCUCCUUUCUUUCUCUACCCUGUGCAGGCGUGCCCAUCACAGAGGGGUGGUGUUGGCAGUGCCAGCCUCCCCACCUGUGCCAGCUUCACCAGGGAGCAGGAGGAGGGCAGGCCCCCCCUCAGGGAGCCAGUAUGAGUAAGGGCCGGGGGAGGGGGGGCAGGUGGGUGGCUCCUCCCUCUAGCCACUGCACUCUGCUGGAUGGACAGAUUUUGCACUUGGGUUGGGGCAGCUAGGUUUGUCCUGGAUGUAUAAUAUUGUUAUAUAAUAAUUAUUAUUAUUCUGC